GUUUAUGCCAGAGUAUCUUGGAUGAUACAGUACAAUAUCAACUUCUAGCACGACAUUUGUAUUGGGAAGGACGAUGCUGAGGGUAGGAAAUGAUCUCUAGACUCACAUUUUCCACCUCCGUUGGCCCUUCGCAGUCGCUUCAAGCCUGACCCAGAAGCUGAAAGCAGCAACUGCCGCCAUCAAGACCCCGACGGUGAUGGCAGCAUGAAUAUAUGUCCUCGAUAAGCUUAACGCGGUCGAUUGAGAGAUCAGAAGAGCGGUGAGAGGUGUGCCGAGCAAUGCGCCCAUUCCUCGAAGCAAGUAGAGCGCGGAAUUGACGCCUGUGAAAUGCUGGACGCCGAAGAGCUCCAGGAGAGUUGCAGGAAACAAGGAGAUAUAAGCGCUGGCAAAGGACCCGUAGAGGACGGUGAAGAAGAAAAACAAGACGUCGGCUUUGGUGCUGCACGUUUCGCGGUUGUUACAAAAUGUGCUGGGUAACCAGAACCCAAGCACGGCCACCGCGCUCACCAAGGUGGUUCCAAACAAGGCAUAUAACCGCCCCAAUUUGUCCGCUGCAUGGCCGAUGAUUAUCCUAGAGACGAAGUUGGCCGCAUUACUCAGGGUGAUAAAAUUGGCUGCUGCGGUCGCACUAUAGCCUCGUGAUUGUGCGUAGGCAGCGUAGAAGAACAGCGGAGUUGAAUACCCUGCGGCCUGAGUGAAGUUGCCCAGUGCUUGAGCAAUGAACUUCUUUGACUUCUCAACUUGCCAGUCCAGCCUUGGAAAAGAUACAAUCUGAGCGAGGAUGCUUUUCUCUCUAAGGGGACGCGUCUCGACACGGAUUCUGUCCUCGAACUUGGGUUCCCAUGCCAGUGCGAAACCUGCCACGGCCACCAGUACCGCGCAGAUGCUGCCAGACACUCUCAUUGCAUUCCGGAAACCAACAUGCUCAAUCAGGGCACGUAAUAUCGGUGGCCAUAUCAUGCCUCCAACCCCUGUGCCGCUGAUAAUGAGGCCCAUGGCAAGGCCACGCCGCUUGUCGAACCAGGCAGGGCCCACUGCGGUCAUGGGCACAUAAGACAUGCAUGUACCGAGUCCAACGAGGAGGCCUUGAGUGAGGGCGAAUUCCCAGAGGUAUUGGCUGAAGCUUGCCAAGAUGAAUGCCACGCCGAAGAGGAUCCCUCCGGCGCUGAUGACCACUUGCGGAGAGUGUAGCUUUGCCCAAUUAAGGGUGAGGGGUCCUCCCAUGGUCAUCAAGGAUAAUGCCAAUGUUCCGAUCAGCCCGAUCAGCGCUGACGAGCACCCGGUGAACGGCGUGUUUGGCUGUUUGGCCAUCUCUUCGUACAAGGCUUGAUAGACACCAAAAGAGAAGACAAUGGAACAAGUCAUUGACACGACAACAAAGCCUGCCAGGACGACUGUGACUUGAUGUCUAAAAAGGGUGAAUAAUCAACACCUGAUGUCAAGUGAGGACAGCAUCUGCAACGUACAAUUGCGAGGGUUUGGUAUCGACCGGCGGGGAAGCCGCAACAUCUUGAUCCGGACUCGGAGUGGGACCAGAGACUGGGUUGGCAUUCGUGAGCUCCAUGUCACUGUUGUCGUUAGCACCUGGAGAGGCGCCCAUGGUGGGCAGUGCCAUGGGUAGGCAGUAAGAAAAUGGGAGGAAGAAUAAGUUGUACGUUGUGGUGGAGCGAAGUCAAAUGGGAUUUUACAUGCUGGUGACAAUUGCCGAAAACCGCUGCCGUCUUCAAUUCCGCCGACGGCUGAUCAGCCGCUCCUUGAGAUAGAUCGUCAUAUUGCGGCGACAGCUCAAUUCCCCAUUCUAACGUCGCAUAUAAUGAUGCCGUAGCAGUAUUUGACUGAUCUCUGUAUCUCCUCGAAGGAGGACAGGCUCAAUUUGAAAUUAUGCCAAUAACUUAAUUAUUCAAAAUCGGGGUAAACGACUUUCACAUUUUCAACAGCACUCUCUACAUCUCCUUGACCUCAGAGUACUACUACAGGGGUCUCCGCUCAGACUGUGGUGUUCUUGUCAUCAGCGAGCUCAGGUGUAUCCUUGGUGCUGUGGCUCCCUGAACAGCGAGCCAUCUCUUUUUUGACAAGCCUACCAAGGUACAACACUACCCACGCACAUCGAGCUUUGCAAAUUCUGCCCUGCUUAUACCCAACUGUGGCCACCCUGAAUGCCGGCAUGGCGUGGAGCAAAGAAUAUAUCGCCGUCCCUCACCUUAAGCGUGGAAUUGACCAGGGCCGGGUCGACCGUCUUCAAGGUCACUGCGCUGUUGAAUGACCAUGGAUCGACCUCUCCUCGCGCAGGGGGCCGAGUCCUUCCAUGAACGCUCGCGCCCCCCAGGGGUUUGCUCGGCCUACCACUUACAUUGUUAGCCUUUCCUCGAGGCGAUGACUUGCCUUGACCACCUUUUGCGCGCGGAUGGGCUGGAGCUGGCCAUGACUCAGCAUAUCUGCGAAAACAGAUAGCUUCGGCUUGUUGCCUCUGUCUUGCGUGAUGGCGCUUCCGUUCGGAGAUGAUGGUCACGACCAUUGACAAAACGACAAUCACAGAUGCUGUGACGCCAAAGAUGGCGAGUCCAUCCAUCAUCUUGAUUUUUGGAGGCAAUACAAGAUUCGUGCCGGUGUUUGUGCAGAACGGAAGUCUGCUUCAAGGAUUCUUUCAUAUCCUCCCGUCGAGGCGACUUGACUUCCGGAAAGGCAGUAUCACCGCCUCUCCAGGCAGAGGUAACCACCGCCAGCAACUACUGCCCUACCGCGAAAUCAUUUCCUGGUUCGUUGCUGAUUGUCGUGCACAAUCCACGCACAUUGCAGUCAUUUGCUGAGAAUGGGAAGGCAAUAUCACUGCCUCGCUGCCUCUCGAUGCAGAGGUAACGAGGCCCGCCACUACUACUGAGCUACCGUGAAAUCGUCUGUGAUAUCCAGCAGCUCAUUGUUGUUGCACAAUGCAGCAUUGAAGUCACUGCCUGAGAAGGAAAGAAAGGGUUACUGACCAUUUUCUUUCAACUGAUACCCAUUGACCUGACAAAGCAACCGCCUGGGACGAAAAUGUCCUAUGACAGACCUUUGUGAUACAUAGAAGAACCGGCAGUCGACCUUGUCAAGAGCAAUACUGUUCUCCUGAAACACGUUGGACCUCAGCAGUGGUUACUGUUGAAAUUCGUGAAUAUGUCUCAGGGGUCAUUGUGUUCCUGCCUACUUUUCGAGGGAUCUUUGUCUGCAAGUGUUCGUUCGGGUGACGAGGAAACAGCAUAAAUAGGACCAACUUUUCCCAUCAAUCCAAUCUCCUCUUCAUCCUUCGACCAUCACCUGCAAGCGCCCCCGGAAAGGGAACUCAAUCUGAUCUUGGCAUCGGCUUUCAAUCCGCAGAGUGUCUUCAUUGGCCUUCAGCAGAGAGCAGAUUCUUCGAUCAGACCUUUCCAAUGGCGUCCAACCAGGAAGGAUCAAAUUCACCCUUCACCACACCCGGAGGCUGGUCCUCCUUCCUCACUUCAGACUAUGACUUUGGUUCUGAGGAAUCCUUCGGGAGUCCUGAGAAAGCGUCGUCUGAAGAGAACCCUCCUCAAGUACCCUCUGACAAUCAGAUCCAGCUAGCCGAAGCACCAUUGCCAUGGGCAAACCAAUCUUCGGAAGAAGUCGACAAUGCGCUGGUCUUCGGUGACUUGAAUGCAUGGAGAGAUGAUGCCGAUUUCUUGCUUCAAUUCGGUGAGUCUUAUCUGACCGAAUAUGAGUUCGGAUUUACAUUCCCGAUGCCCGCUGCCGAAGAGGCUACCGCACAAGGAUCCAUUGACCUUACUGGACCCCCCGCGGACAGGUCGGCUCCUGUCGUAAAUUUUCUAAGCCAAGAAGAAGCAGCCGCUGAUGUCGCGUCAAGUCCUGUACUAGUACCCAGCAGUGGCUCUUCUCCUGAAACCAUUGAAGGUCCGGAGCUGCCCAAUUCUGGGGCUACAGCAGAAUCUCCAAUUGAUAUCGACGCUAGCAAUUGGGAUGCCGUGCAAGACAACUCCAUCUGGAACAACCUAACGAGCGAUUUCCAAGAUUUGACUGCUGACAGUAGGACGCCUCAAGAGCCUCAAGAGCACGGCUCCGAGUUGCAAUCGGAAUUUGAGCAGGCCUUCGCCAACUUGGCCCAGGCAGUCGACUUGGACCCCUUCGACUUCGACUUCGACCUCGACCCACCAUUGACUCUGACAGAUGAUAUGAUCGUGCGUCGUUCACCGACACCCAGCCGAGCAGAGCAGCUAGCUGAGCAAUUCAGCGUGCUACCUGCACCGUUGUUCUCGCAACGAAAUGCCUCGACCGCUGUAGUGCAAGUCCCACAGCCACUGCAAGUGGUGCCUCGCGUUGCCCCAACUCCCUUCCAAGCAGGAGGAACUAUGGGUAUGCCAGUCCACCAACCGGUCGGUGCUCCCUCUCAGCAGUUCACCUUCCGCUACCCAAAUCCGGCAGGCGUUCAGGCACUCUUUCCAUCCGCAGGCCCUGCACCUGUGAUUCCGUCUAGCAGCCGCAACUACCAAGCGAGCAGCGGCGAGCACAAGCGCAAGCGCCAGACGCGAGAUGAUUCAAGCGAUGAUGAGUUUGAGAGCCGUCGCAAACAUCGUCGCACCGAUGACCGACGCUCCAACAAGCGUAAGACGAGACACGACUCAAGCGCUAGUGAGUCAGGGAGCCGUCGCAAUCGUAAACAGCGACGCUCCAACAAGGGUAAGGCACGAGCCAUUUCCAGCGAUAGCGAGUCCGACAGCCCCGGCAGACAGCGACGUUCCAACAAGCGCAAGGCACGACAUGACUCAACCGAUAGUGAAUCCGAGUCCGAGUCUGAGUCUGAAUCCGAGAGCCGCCGCAAACAUCGUCGCUCCAACGACCGACGCAAGUCCAGGCGCACAUCUAAGCGCAGUUCUCGAGGUCGCAAAUCCGGAUCUGAAUCCGAGACUCCGUCUCCCCGUGGAGCCCGCCGUUCCAACGCUCAACCUCAGCCCAUGGGCCAGCAGGCGAGCAUGAACAAUCCCUCCCAAGAAGGAGACUGGUACCGCAUGACCCAAGGCGGUCGAUUCGUCGGUAUGUUCCGCGAACUGCCAGCCCACCGCCAGCCGGCCAUUCUUGACCCAGCGGCAGCAGUAGCGGCAGCCGCAGCAGCAGCACCGAGACCAACAGCACAACUGAGACCCGCACGGGCGUCAACGGUGUCUCCUCCGCGACGUUCUGAACGUUUGCGGAACUCAGCUCCAGCUGCUCGUCGUCGGCGGUCUUGAAUGGCUCUCUGUGUCAUUUUGACCUGGAACCUCAAGAGAAAAGGUAAGUGAGACAAUUGGGAGAGAGAAAAGGUAAGUCCAAACUCCCCCCUCCCCCAAAAGGUAAGUCCAAUCCCCUCCCCCAUCCCCCAAACCCCCAUCACUCACCCCCCCGGUCAUUUCGUCCUCCCCCCCAGCCCAGAAGCACCCAAAUUUCCUUUGUCACAGGUGGCGGAACUUUGUUUUGAAACAAACCUCGACAAAAAGUGACAAAAAAAGGCAAGGAAAAAGAGAAGGAAAGAAAGAAAAAAAUGGGAAAGAUCCAUCAACUCCUGUGGCUUCGCGCAACCCCAUGAAACCCACUUCACGUCAUCUCUGCCUGUCACAAUUACUGUCUCUUGAUCCUGGCGGUCGAAAGAGUGAUUCAAUGCAAGGCAGGGCAUGGCUGUGGGUACUGGGGCAAGCGAAAGCCGCGGGCGCAAAAAAAUGGGAACCGGACAAAGGUAAGUAAGGCAAGGUAAGGUCUUGAUCCAUCAUGGAUACUGGAUAAGGUACUCAAGGUAUAUCUAUAUCUAUAUCCAU